AUGCCUCUUGGCGACGAGGCUGGUCCCCCGGUGAACAGCAGCAUUUUGCACGGCCUGACCGGCGUCAGCCAGUUACAAGAGGCAAACAUCACCGGCCGGGGAAUUACAGUGGCUAUGGUCGAUACAGGUUUAGAUUACCUUCACCCUGCAUUCGGCAAAGGUAUUGGAGCAGGCUUCAAGGUCCGGUUCGGUAUCGACCUUGUGGGCAACGAUUUUCAAAUAGGUCUUUCACCUCGACCCAAGCCAGAUCCGUACACAGAGUGUACAGAACACGGGACACAUGUUUCGGGCAUCGUCGCUGGUAAGCAAUCUUCCCUGGGGUUCGUUGGUGUGGCCCCCGAUGCCAACCUGGAACACUAUCGUGUGGCGGGGUGCCAAAAGGUUCCAAUCCAGUCCGACGUUAUAAUCCAGGCCGUCCUUAUGGCCCACGCUCGGAAAGUUGAUGUUAUAUCACUAUCUUUAACGUUGGACUCGGGUCCUUACCCUGAUGAUGCCUUGUCAAAUAUCCUCACCAGGAUAUCGCAGGCAGGGAAAAGCCUUAUCGUGGUGGCCUCGGGCAACUACGGAUGGCAAGGUCCAUUUUCUGCUAGGGCGCCCGCAUCAGCCCCAGAAGUCUUAACCGUGGGUUCGGUUAAUGCCAUUUAUUCCGUGCAAAGUCGACCCCGAGCGAGCUUUUCGUUUCAAAACCGGACAAGCCAAACCUUGCAGUCGACCGACUUUGCCUGGGCUCCUGCGACCCCGGGAAGGUUCCCUAACUCCCUACCUUUGCAAACGACCACUUUAAACACGUCAAUCACCAACGAUGCAUGCUCAAAUUUUGUAAAUGACGUGCAGUUUUCCAACAUGUCAAUUGUCCUCGUUCGACGUGGCGGCUGCUCAUUUAACGUUAAAAUGAAAAACCUGGUAAAAAAAGGCGUCAGGUAUGUCCUCAUUUACGACGACGAAAACAAGCCCCUAUUCCAAUUCGACAAUAAUUUCGAUGGUAUAAUCGCCGCCGGAUCCACGACCGCGCAAGUUGGACGGGAAUUAAUCGGCGCUUUGGCCACGGGAUCCAACGUGGUUUUAAGCAUGGACCCGGAUUCCCACAAUAUGCCUUAUAUUAACGUAAAAGGAAACUCCCGGCCCCCUGGGCAAGUCAACGGGCGAAAUUCAUGGGGUCCUACCGGCCUAGGCUACAGUCUAACCUCCAUACUGGCACCCGGCCAAAACAUUUGGUCAACUUUGCCGAGGACCUGGGGAGGGUAUGGUACUUUAUCCGGCACGUCCAUGGCGGCGCCAUAUAUUGCUGGAUGUGCAGCCCUGGUUAUGCAGGCUCAUCCGGGCAUCGGCACCGUCGAGGUGAUGAGGCUGCUGACCAGUACUGCACGCCCGCUUAAGUUUAACGACGGUACCAACAAAACUUAUGACUUUUUAGCGCCCGUUGACCUGCAGGGAAAUGGUGUGGUCGAUGCCUUGGGGGCGGUCCAAGCCAAAACCGUGUUUUCCCGCUCGCAUUUGCCUUGGAAUGACACCGAAUUUUUCACGGGAAACAUGUCAUUAUAUCUUCAAAACAAAGGGAGCGAAGCUGCUGAAUACAAAUUCUCUCACAUACCAGCCGUGACUGUGCUUGCACUAGCUGCCGAUUCCAAGACAGUCACGCCAUGGACUAGGGAUAAUUCGUCAACGGCGGCUUCCGAGGAGUUUCUUAAAAGCUCCCUGGAAAAUGCACACGCAGACGUCACCAUUUACCCCAAAUCAAUAACCAUCCAGCCCGGCGAAUGGGCGAUGGUGCAGGUAACGGCCAAUAUCGACGCUUUAAGCCGAUUAAAGCCCCGCUGCCCUCUUUACAGCGGUUUCAUCUUUGUUAACGACGGCAGAAACCGGUCGCAAUAUAGCCUUUCAUACUCGGGAAUCGGGUGCUCAAUGCGUGAAAUGGCCGUUAUGCCCGAGGGCUGGAACCAAACAUUCGUCACGGCCGCUACGACGAAGCAGGCCCUGGGCGUGUCCUACGACGCCGUGCCCAUUACGCCCAACGCAGAAUUUAAACUCCAAGGCUUUCAAACUCCCACCCAGUACGAAAACUUUUCAACUUUGCUCCCGACGUUGAAAGUAGAGCUUGGAAUGUACAGUCGGGCAAUUUCUGUGCACGUCCUCCCUGCCGCGGCUUCGGGAGAAGACACUGGUGUUGCAGUGUUUUCACGCAAUCAACCUGUUCAACCAGGAGGUUUCAGCCGUUCGUCCAAGAAUUUUAUUGGGUGGAGUGGAUUGCUGGAAAAUGGUUCUUGGGCUAGUGAGGGCUCGUACAAGUUUAAAGUUUGUGCUUUUAGGGCUUGGGAACAGGUAGAGGACCCCAAUGCUAGGAAAGACUGCAUUGUCACGGACCCAUUUAGUGUACGCUAUUAA